UAUGUCAUCCAGUAGCAUCAUGACUCUCGCGUCUCGCCAAUGAGAUUUUAGCAAGAAUUGUUGCGGGUCAUAUAUUGCAUGUGUUCUUACAAGUACAGAUAUAUGCUUAUCAUCUCCAGUGUCAACAAGGGUGAGCUCUUAAUAAACCCUAUAAAUGCAUGCUUCUGUUUAUAGGAUGAGAUCAUCUCUAUUCAUUAGAAAAGUAUAAUCUUCAUCACUUCAAAUAAGUCUUUCCUGCAACUGAAGAUGGCUUUGUGUGUUAACUCUGUAUCUGGUCCUCCUCCAAAGGUUGUGCCUGAUAUUACCCGCAAAUCAGCAUCUUUUCAUCCUAGCGUUUGGGGAGACAAAUUUCUGGCAUUCAGUACCUCAGAUGUAAAAACUGAUGCUGAUCACAAAGUGGAAGAACGUCUUCAAGUGCUGAAACAAGAAGCCAAGAAGAUGCUGACAGCAGAGGACAGGACUCAACGCGAAUUAAUCAGCCUGGUUGAUGAUAUACAGCGACUGGGAUUGUCUUACCACUUUGAGGCUGAGAUUGACAUAAUACUACAGGAGAUAAAUGCAAGUUUUCAUGAAUAUUAUGGAAGCACAAAUGAUGAUAACCUGCAUGAAUUUACUCUAAGUUUCCGCUUACUUAGACAGCAAGGACAUAAUGUUUCCUCUGACGUCUUCUACAAAUUCAAGGACAGCAACGGGAAGUUCAAGGAGAGCUUGGUUAAGGACGUGAGAGGAAUGCUAAGCUUGUUUGAAGCAACACAUUUUAGAGUGCAUGGAGAAAACAUACUAGAAGAUGCUCUGGAAUUCACUACCACUCACCUUAGUUUAUAUCUUAAUUCCAACAUAGAUAAUCCAUUAAUAGGCCUUGUUGGUCGUUCACUCAAGUAUCCCCUCCGCAAAAGUUUAAACAGGCUGGUGGCAAGGCAUUACAUUUCAGUCUACCAUAAACUUGACUGGCAUAAUCAAGUACUGCUAGAUUUGGCAAAAUGCAAUUUUAACCUGGUGCAGAAGCUGCAUCAAGUGGAGCUAGGUGAAAUUACAAGGUGGUGGAAAGAUUUGGAUUUUGCAAAUAAACUUCCAUUCGCCAGAGAUAGAGUGGUGGAAUGCUACUUUUGGAUUACAGGGGUGUACUUUGAGCCACAAUAUGCCUCGGCUAGAACUUUUGUAACCAAAGUGAUUACACUAACAUCCACUGUUGAUGAUAUCUAUGAUGCCUAUGGAACCGUUGAGGAACUUGAUCAAUUUACUGAUGCAAUUGAAAAAUGGGAUGUCCGAACCAUAGAUCAGCUCCCGGAGUACAUGAGACAUUGUUAUCAAGCCUUACUGGAUGUUUUUUCUGAAGCCGAAGAGGAGAUGGUAAAGGAAGGCAGGCCAACAUACGGCUUUGGUUAUGCAAAAGAAGCUUUUAAAAGGCUGACAAGAGCAUAUCUGCACGAAGCUAAAUGGUGUGAAAUCCAAUACUUUCCGACGUUGGAAGAGUACAUGAGUGUUACACUCGUAACUGCAGGGUACAAAAUGUUAUCUGUCACAAGUUUCGUGCUAAUGGGUAAUGUAGCGACUAGAGAAGCAUUUGAGUGGAUAACCAAAGAGCCCUUAAUUGAAAGAGCUGCAUCUGUCAUUAACCGACUCCAUGAUGACAUCGUGGGACAUGAGUUUGAGAUGCAGCGACCAAAUAUACCGACAGCUGUUGACAUUUUCAUGAAACAAUACGGCGUAUCAAAAGAAACUACAUAUGAUGCACUACAGAAACGCGUUAUUAAUGCAUGGAAGGAUAUGAAUCAGGAAUGCCUGUAUCCGACAGCAGCAGCAAUGGCAUUGCUGACAAGAGUUGUGAAUUUCGCAUGUGUUAUAAACCUUCUUUAUGAUGGGGAUGACGGCUACACACAUUCCUCUGCUCGGACAAAAGAUAUGAUCACCUCCAUCCUGUUAGAUCCUGUCCCUGUAUAAUGCUAUGCCUAACCGUGUUGCUGCAUGGUUCAUAUGUGGAUGUGGUCUUUACUUAUGUUUGAUGAAAAUAAAUCAAUUAUUAGAUUCGGAUAUAAAUUAAAAUAAAUUAAUUUGGUUCCCUUUUAAUUGUAUGACAGAUUCUGUCCCUGUCUUACUCUGAGCAUUUAGCAGAAAAAUUAAAAAAAAAUCCAAGUAAAAUGCAACUUAGUUUAGCAAUAUUUUAGGAUCAGACAAUGAAUUACAACUGGAGGGUCUU